GGAAGCAUACAUUACGUGCGACAUCUGUCGGCGUAGUAUUACGUUACAAUUCCUAAACUCUAAAACAUUCACGAUCAUUAAUAAUUAUAUUUUGGUUGCGUUGCGUACACAAAGUUGAAAAAGUUGUUCUGACAAUUUAUGAUAAAAGUAAAUUAAUUUUGUAUAUAAAAUAAAUAAUGGAGACGAUUUUGGAGCAGCAGCGUCGUUAUCAUGAGGAGCGAGAGCGCUUGAUGGAUGCCAUGGUAAAGGAAAUGUUACACAAAAAACCUGGUCAUAGGGAAAACAUAAAUUCGGAACAUCGUUUGAAAUUGUUGUUGGACCAGUUUAUGGAAAGUACUUUGCAUUUGCAAGAAUUGUAUGAAGAUAAAGACGGUCAAAGAAAGGAGGAAGUUCAAGCGCUCGCUGGUCCAAAUGAAUUUUCAGAAUUUUAUUCCAGACUUAAAUCUAUAAAAGAAUUUUAUCGUCGACAUCCAAAUGAAAUUAGUGUCCCUAUGUCAGUUGAAUUUGAAGAACUGGCAAAAAUGAGAGAGAAUCCCACCGAAGAAACUGCAAAUCUUAUUGACUUUACAGACGAAGAGGGUUAUGGAAAAUAUUUAGAUUUACACGAAUGUUAUGAAAAGUACAUUAAUUUAAAAGGAAUUGAAAAAAUUGAUUAUAUUAUGUAUUUGUCAACAUUCGAUCACCUCUUUGAUAUACCAAAAGAUAGAAAGAAUGCAGAAUAUAGACUGUAUGUCGAAACGUUAUUAGAAUACUUGGUAGACUUUUUAGGAAGAGUUAAACCACUUUUAGAUUUAAACUGUGAACUUAUCGAUGCAAAUAAAGAGUUUGAACUGCAAUGGGAAAAUAAUAUUUUCCCUGGAUGGCCGAAAGAAGCUGGUAGUGCUUUAACGAAUGUUGGAGCACAUUUGGAAUUGUCAGCAUUUUCUUCUUGGGAAGAAUUGGCGUCACUUGGCUUAGAUAGAUUAAAGUCCGCUCUUUUAGCACUUGGAUUAAAGUGUGGAGGUACCUUAGAAGAAAGAGCCCAAAGAUUGUUUAGUACAAAAGGUGAAGCUUCUCUAGAUCCUAAUUUGUUAGCAAAGAAGAAGCAAAGGAGGCCUGGUAAAGGUAAGAACGUUGAAAAGCAAAUGGAAGUAGCAAGAUUGGAAGCGCAAGUUUAUAAACUAGCUGAAUUAGUAUCGAGUCAACGAAUGGCCACAAAAGAAAAUGUACAAAGAAAACAAGCCAGAACAGAAGGCGAACGUGGAGAUUCCGAUGCCGAAGCAAGUGCGAGCGAAUCAGAAGAAGAAGACGAUAAUAAUGUACCCUAUAAUCCUAAAAAUUUACCACUUGGUUGGGAUGGAAAGCCCAUUCCUUAUUGGCUAUAUAAAUUACACGGUUUAAAUAUUAGCUAUAAUUGUGAAAUAUGUGGUAAUUUUACAUAUAAAGGUCCAAAAGCUUUUCAACGCCAUUUUGCAGAAUGGAGGCAUGCACAUGGUAUGCGUUGCCUAGGUAUUCCAAAUACUGCACAUUUUGCUAAUGUUACACAACUGGAAGAUGCAAUUGCAUUAUGGGAAAAACUGAAAGCUCAAAAACAAGCAGAAAGGUGGCAGCCUGAACAAGAAGAAGAGUUUGAAGAUUCGUUGGGUAAUGUUGUGAAUCGUAAAACUUAUGAAGAUUUAAAACGACAAGGUCUUUUGUAAAUUACUUAUAUAUUUGUAAACUUACGUAAUAAAGUUACAACUU